GUCGUUGAUCAGAUCAGAUGUUAUUUUUGAGUGUAUUUGGUCAAGUGUAGCUCAAAAACAUGGCCAGAGGGAUUACAUUGAAUUUGCGAAUAAAAGAAUUGAUUAUUUUAAAAUAUCGAUCAGGCAUUAAACAAGCAACCAUAGCCAAACAGCUGAAUUUAAGCCGAUCGGUAAUUUGCAGAACUAUUAAGCUGUUUCGCCCCAGAAAAUCGUUGGGAGAGGGAUUUACUAGCCAGGAGACCGUCUAAAAAACCCUUUAUUUCCAAGAAAAAUCGGACCACACGUCAAUUUGCUUACGAU